AUGAUGUCAAAUCUGACCAUGGUAGAUUCAAACUAUAUGAAUUGCAUAAGAAGGUCGAUUUGGAAUGAGAAAGCUUCUAAUCCAAAUUUGAUUGAGAUGGAAUUGAAAUCUCACAAAGCUACGAUUAAUGAAAAUGCAUCCACAAUCUUCUCUAGAUUGGUUGAAAAUGAAUCCAGCACAACAGUUUCUAUGAAAUGUUUUAAGUCCCAACCUGAAAUCAAUUUUCAAAUGAGAUCCUUGAUUUUUGAUUUCAUCAUGUGCUGUCACAUCAGAUUGAAACUUUCAACACCAACUCUUUUCCUAUGUUUUAAUAUUAUCGAUAGAUAUUGUUCUAAAAUCAUCGUCAAGUCUUCUACUUACCAACUUUUAGGUUUAUGUUCUCUAUGGUUGGCAUCUAAAUACACGGACAAAAAGCAAAAAAUUCCUUCAUUACCUACUUUACAAAGCUUAUGUUGCAACCAAUAUACCAAAGAGCAAUUCAAGGAAAUGGAACUUCACAUUUGUCAGAGUCUCAACUGGACAAUGUGUCACGGACCCAGUUUGGAUUCUUUCUUGGAUAUCUUGGUAAGGGGAAAUACGUUCCAAAACAACGAAACAGAUUGUUCUGCCAUGAAACUUGGAGCGUUGAUACUAUGCCAGCUUUGUUGCUUCAACCCAACCCUCUCAUUCACUAACUCUUCUAGCUCCAUUGCUCUGGCGUGCUUAUCUAUCACGAAAUAUGCACUAUUGUCCUCCAAGUUUAAUACCUUUGUUAACUUCGAAACAAUGAUGUCCAAUGACAAACCAGACCCGAAACUAAUCAAUCUAAUGAAGUCCAUAUUGGAAGUAAUCAACGUUGCUGAUAUUCCAUCUAGUUUCAAGCUUAGGUAUUAUGUCAACGAUGUUCAGCAUCCAAUUUUGAAGUGUCUAUUCUCCUAUAAGACAUAUUGGAAAGAUCACUUGUCAAGAAUUGAAUAUUCUACAUUGAUGUCCCCAUUGGUACCGGAUUACAAUCAUAAAGAUCGUCUGUCCCCAAAAUCACUCCAAAUGGAUUCAAUGAGAUGGAUGCAAAUCCCCCCUACUCCUACGACUACUCCCUCCACACCGACAUUGGCCAAAUCCUCCAGGCCGUCAUUACCAACAUCAUCGUCACAUCACCCGAGCGGAUCGUUCAGAAGACAUUUCAAGAGAGAUUCAUCAACCAUGGAUAUCGAUUUCUUCGAACAAGAGCCCAUCCAGCAUGUCAAAAGAGGGAAAGUUGGAGAAUGUUAA